AUGCCGUACAACGACCAAUGGCGGACCCUUAGGAAGAUCAUGCACAAUGUCCUGAUGGCACGUCAGGAAGACGUCUUUAAGCCUUUUCAAGACUUGGAAUCGAAGCAUCUCUUGUGGGACUAUCUCGAGAAACCGGAAAGGUGGUGGUCGGCUAAUGCUCGAUACGCAAACUCCGUUAUCAUGAGUGUUGUGUUCGGUCGGCGAACUGUACUGGAUGAUUCCGAGGUCGAAGAGCUCUUUGAGACGAUUGAACUAUUCCUGGAGAACCAGCAGCCUGGCGUAAAUCUCGUCGACGGCUUCCCCAUUUUCAAGAAGCUCCCCCAAUUCUUGCAGUGGUGGCGUCCACGUGGUGAUGCAAUCUUUCGCAAGACGUACAAAACGCAACGCCAAUGCUUCGCCACCGAUUUCAUCGAGAGCGAGGAAUACGGUAACAUGUCACAAACACAGCAGCUCUUCACCUUUGGCUCCCUCAUGGAAGCUGGCAGCGACACUUCACGUGUUAGCAUUGGUCAAAUCAUUGCUGCGGCGGCCACAUAUCCCGACUGGGUCGUCAAAGCGCGCGAGCACCUCGACAAAGUUUGUGGGGCAAACGCAGAGCGUCUUCCAGAAUGGAACGAUAAGCCAGAUCUGAAAGAUGAUGAAUACGAAGGCUACAAAUUCCCAGCUGGGACGGUCUUUACGUGGAAUGCAUGGGCGAUUGCACUGAACGAGAAAGAAUACAAGGAUCCGGAGCGCUUUUGCCCCGAAAGAUUCUUGGACAAUGAUGUCGAGAACGUCCUAAAGGGACACUGGAGCUUCGGGCCAGGUCGCAGGGUAUGUGCUGGUUGGAAGGUUGGCGAGAUGAACGUGUGGAUUGCGGCUGCGCGGUUGCUGUACUGCUUCGACUUUGAACAGAUUCCAGGGGAGAGUAUCGACACCAUGGCUAUUCCACAAAUUACGAAGAACAAGGCACCGUUCAGUGUCAAAGUCAGUGCGAGAAGUCAGGCGCACGCCGAUCUCAUUAGGAUGGAGUGCUCGGAAUCGGUGAACGUAGUCUAUUGA